GUCUUCCUUGGUGUUACCCCUCAGGUUUUUCCUCAUGACUCCAGUGCAUUUCCUUUGCUUUGUGGACUUUGAGUUUUGGUGUCCCUUCAUUUACAUGAAGCACUCCUGGAUGUCCUUCCUCUCUUCAGCCUGCAGGAGGAGCCACAGUCCGCUCCUCUCUGCUGCUCUCUCCUCCUCCUCCUCCUCCUGCUGUGAAGGCUUCCCCCUCCUUAUAAAGGCGUGUGAGGAGCGGCUGGAAGCUGUAGAGUCUCUCCAGCAGCCACAGAAGGAUGAUGAUGAUGAUGGCUGUGACGAUGAAGCUGAGUGGAGCUGAUCUCGGGUCAGAGCAUCUGAGUUGAAACUGGAAACUUUCAGAUGAUUUUCAGAGCGCUGGUCUUCUUCAUGAACCUGUGAGCAGACUUCCUGUCCACCAUGACUGACAUCUACGAGUCUGCGGCCAACUCUCUGGGUCUGUUCAGCAGCCCAUGCCUCACCAAAGUGGAGCUAAGACUCACCUGUAAGGGCAUCUCGGACCGGGAUGCUCUGUCUAAACCCGACCCCUGUAUCGUCCUCAAGAUGAAGUCCCACGGACAGUGGAUGGAGGUGGAGCGGACGGAGGUGAUCCGCAGCUGUGUGAACCCCACCUUCUCUGACGUUUUCACGCUGGAUUUUCACUUCGAGGAGGUGCAGCGUCUGCGCUUCGAGCUGUACGACAUCAACAGCAGCCACAACGGGCUGAAGGAGGCCGACUUUCUGGGGUCAGUGGAGUGCACGCUGGGACAGAUCGUCCAUCAGAGGAAGCUGUCUAAAGCUCUGCUGAGACCAGGAGGGACGGUGGGGAAAGCCAUCAUCACGAUCACAGCAGAGGAGCUGACAGGAAACGACGACUACAUCGAGCUCUCCUUCAGCGCCAGGAAGCUGGAUGACAAGGACUUUUUCAGUAAAUCAGACCCGUUCCUGGAGAUCUACAGACUGAACGAUGACGCUACGCUACAGCUCGUCUACAGAACUGAGACUGUCAUGAAUAAUCUCAACCCGGUGUGGAAAACCUUCAAAGUGUCUCUGAACUCGCUCUGCAGCGGAGACCACGAACGCAAGCUCCAGUGCACCGUGUGGGACUGGGACUCCAACGGGAAACACGACUACAUCGGAGAGUUCGAGGCUACGUUCAAGGAGAUGAAGGGAGCCAUCGAUGGACGGCAGGUGCAGUGGCCGUGUAUAAACCCCAAAUAUCGAGUGAAGAAGAAGAACUACAAGAACUCUGGGAUCGUCAUCCUGAACCAGUGCAAGAUCAUCAAGAUGCACUCGUUCCUGGACUACAUCAUGGGAGGCUGUCAGAUCCAGUUUACGGUAGCAAUCGACUUCACGGCGUCUAACGGCGACCCUCGUAACAGCUGCUCUCUGCACUACAUCCACCCGUACCAGCCCAACGAGUACCUGAAGGCUCUGGUGGCGGUGGGGGAGAUCUGCCAGGACUACGACAGCGACAAAAUGUUCCCGGCGUUUGGCUUCGGGGCUCAGAUCCCUCCUGACUACAAGGUGUCCCAUGAUUUUGCAGUGAAUUUCAACGAGGAGAACCCGGAGUGUGCAGGGAUCCAGGGUGUGGUGGAGGCCUACCAGGCCUGCCUCCCUAAGCUGCAGCUCUACGGUCCCACCAACAUCGCCCCCAUCAUCCAGAAGGUCGCCAACUCUGCCUCGCAGGAAGUCCACACCAAAGAGGCCAUGCAAUACUUCAUCCUGCUGAUCCUGACAGACGGCGUCAUCACAGACAUGGCCGACACCCGGGAAGCCAUCGUCCAGGCGUCCCACCUCCCCAUGUCCGUCAUCAUCGUUGGCGUCGGAAAUGCGGACUUCAGCGACAUGCAGAUGCUGGACGGUGACGACGGGAUCCUACGGUCGCCCAAAGGAGAACCCGUCCUCCGGGACAUCGUUCAGUUUGUCCCGUUCCGUAACUUCAAACAUGCGUCUCCAUCUGCUCUGGCGAAGAGCGUGCUAGCAGAGGUGCCCAACCAGGUGGUCGACUACUACAACAGCAAGGGCAUCAAGCCCAAAGUGCCCAGCGAGUACCAGUCUUCCAGGCAGUUUGGCCCCUAGCUCGUCCCUCACACCCUCUCCAGACUGAGAACAAUGUUUACUGUGUUUCUUUUCUGUCCAUGCAGAUGCUAAAGGUGCUACAUGCAGCGUUGUUCUGGGAACAGGAAGCUCCCACAUGUGAUCACCUAGAGCCUUCACACAGCAUUUCUACCUGCAGGACUGUACUCCAUCCUUGGUUUAACUGAUGAUGUCAUCAUUUAGGGGCUAAAUACACUCCAUCCUUGGUUUAACUGAUGAUGUCAUCGUUUAGGGGCUAAAUACACUCCAUCCUUGGUUUUACUGAUGAUGUCAUCCUUCAGAGCCCAUAAACAUUCCAUCCUUGCCUUAGAGGAUGAUGUCAUCCUUCAGAGCCCAUAAACAUUCCAUCCUUGCCUUAGAUGAUGAUGUCAUCCUUUA